UACGGAAACCCCCAACCCUUUCUUUUUCUCUGAGUAGUCCCCUUCAACCUUCUCUCUCUACAAACUCCUUCCCCAUCUCUCUCGCUCAAACCCACGCACUUUAUUCAUCGGAGGGAUGGGACAGCAGUCGUUGAUCUACAGUUUCGUCGCCAGAGGGACGGUGAUUCUCUCCGAGUACACGGAGUUCACCGGGAAUUUCACUAGCAUCGCUGCACAGUGUCUCCAGAAGCUUCCUGCUACGAACAACAAGUUCACCUACAACUGCGAUGGUCACACCUUCAACUACCUUGUUGCAGAUGGAUUCACAUACUGUGUUGUGGCGGUUGAAUCGGUUGGUAGACAGGUUCCCAUGGCUUUUCUUGAGCGAGCAAAGGAGGAUUUCACUAAGAAAUAUGGAGGUGGGAAAGCUGCUACAGCUGUUGCUAAUAGUCUCAACAAAGAAUUCGGUCCCAAGCUGAAGGAACAGAUGCAGUAUUGUGUAGACCAUCCAGAAGAGAUCAGCAAGCUUGCAAAAGUCAAAGCCCAGGUUUCAGAAGUCAAGGGUGUGAUGAUGGAGAACAUUGAGAAGGUUCUUGACCGUGGAGAAAAGAUUGAACUUCUGGUGGAUAAAACAGAGAACCUUCGCUCUCAGGCACAAGACUUUAGGACGCAAGGGACACAGAUAAGGAGGAAGAUGUGGUUGCAGAACAUGAAGAUAAAACUGAUAGUUCUUGGAAUCAUCAUUGCUUUGAUUCUCAUUAUAGUUUUAUCGGCUUGUGGGGGAUUCAACUGUGGCAAGUAAAACUACAUCUUAUCAUCUUUGGUUUGGGGAUUUAGGAAUGGUAAAAGGUAAAAAGUCUCUCAUUCUCAUUCAUCAGCUUUGUCAUUCCAUGUUUAUUUGUUUGUUUGCCAUUGAUUUUCUUUUUCUUUUUCUUUUUGUUUGUUAGUUUUUUUUUUUGGACACAAAGCCUAUCUUUUGAGCUUUUUAUAUUUUGUGAUAUAUAGUGGUUGUAUAGUUUGUGUACCUUUCAAGUACCAUUUGAAUUUCACAUCCACAUCUUCAUCUUUAUCUUUCACUAGGGAAAAACAAAUUGAUUGCU